CGGAGGCGUCCGAGUCAGUCCCGGCGGCGGCGAUGGAAUCCCUGGAGGACCUGGCGCUGGGGCCCUGCACGGCCUCGCCCUACUUGCGGCCUCUGCGGCUCCGCUACCGCCAGAAUGGUGUUUCAAAGACCUGGGACUUCAUGAGGACACAUGACAGUGUGUCCAUUCUGAUCUUUAAUACUUCUCGGCAGUGCUUUGUUGUGGUGAAGCAGUUCCGGCCAGCUGUCUACAUGAGUGAGAUGGCUCAGCACUGUCCUCAAGACUUCGAGAGAAACUGCCUGGAGAACUGGUGUCCACUUGAAUGUCAUCUGCCGGCUUCGGUGGGAGUGACGUACGAGCUCUGCGCCGGCAUCGUAGACAAGCCGGAGCUCUCUCUGGAGGAAAUCGCUCGCCAGGAAGUCUUGGAGGAGUGUGGCUACGAGGUCCCUCUAGCCAGCCUGCAGAGAAUCACGUCGUACCGAUCUGGCGUUGGUGUGGCAGGAUCAAAGCAGACCUUGUUUUAUGUAGAAGUGACCGACGAGAUGAAAACCGGCAAAGGAGGCGGCCAGCCAGAAGAAGGCGAGCUGAUUGAAGUCGUGGAAAUACCUCUGCGGGACUGGAUGAGUUUUGCAUUUGACGAGACUUUCCCUAAAACGAUGGGCGUCAUGUUCUGCUUCAUGUGGUUCCAAAACAACAUUGCCCCAAAGCUACCGACAAAAUCAGAAUAGCGUCAAGGUGUACGGGGAGGGGGAGGGGGACAAUAUAAAAACCAAACCACAUACGGGAAACCUGCUUUAAAGAAAAUUCUCCAAGACAAGGGGCAUUAGGAAUCCGAUUCCUUUGUUUAAAUAAAGAGUUAAAGUCCUUAUCACCAUUCUGCAGCCUUUGGCAUGAUCCUCUUGCCAGCAGGACUAAUUGUUUCCCUUAUUCCGUAGCUGAUUGUCUGAGGGUACAGUUUUCCAACAUGGAACUCCCUGGAAUGAAUUGCCACCAUUGCACACUAGAAAAUUAAGGGCACCCUUCACUUUCACUCGGAAAGGUUUACUUUCAGAGCAUCCAGAAUAGCCUGCUGUCAGAGGAGUGCCCCCGCCACAUUUCUGUCAUGAGUUACUGAUCUGACCCCACCUCCAGAUUGGUAGAAAACCACUCAAAGCAGCCACUUAUGCAGAGAUACAGCAGGCAGCCUCCCUUGAAGUUAGGGUUGCCAGGUUUGACCUGGCCGCCGGCGGGGGGGCUCCCUCUUUCUUCCAUA